UAUCAAACGAAAUCUAGAAAGAAGAAAAAAAAAGAGAAAAAGAAAUUAAAAAUGAUUUCAUCUGAUGGAAGAAUCCAAGAAAUUCCAGGCACCUUCUCCUACAUAUACAUCUCAGCUGUUGCGAACAGCAAAUUCUUCUUCUAAUCAUUCUCUUGUGAAUGCUCCAACUUGGUCUUUACAGUCCCCACCAGGGGCAUCUAAAUUGGGACAAGAAAACAAGGUACUGAAUCAUAAUUCUGCCAAGGCCGAGGGAAGCCCUGAUAUGAGCAUGUCCCAAGUGCCUCAAGCAGAAAGAGAUCUAAGCUUUAGACCAUUCAUUACUCAAUCGCCAUCAGGGACUUUUCCAACGCAUGCCAUGAACUAUGUUCACGCUCCACCAUUUAUCAAUAAUCACAAUGAAAUUGCAAAGAUUGUUCAGAAUUUAUUGCAACCAAAGCUUCCUGAGCAUCCAACUUGGACUCCUCCUUCAAGAGAUUAUAUGAAUAAGGCAUUGACUUGCCAAACAUGCAAACUCACCAUUAAUGAAGUGGAAACUGUGCUUAUUUGCGAUGCUUGUGAGAAAGGAUUUCACUUGAAAUGUUUGCAACCAAACACUCUGAGAGGAAUUCCUAGAGGUGAGUGGCACUGCACAAGGUGCUUGUCAUUAUGCAAUGGAAAGCCUUUGCCUCCCAAAUAUGGUCGUGUUAUGAGAAGUAUAAACACAGCCAAAGCACUUACUAACAGUGCUGUAGGUCAGUCUAACACAGCUGAAGCCCAGUUAACUGCUAGGAAUAAAGUUGGAAACCCAGAUGCAAAAGUGAAUCAGCCAAAGAAAACAGAGAACGGAAGCUCUGGUUUUCAACCUCCUGCUGUGCCAGGUACCAUAGGAAGCUCCUCUGUUUGGUCAGCACCUGAUCCCAAGAUUUCUACAAAUGUAGAGAGACGAGAUCCUGAAUCAAAAUCACAGCCUCCUGAUACAUUCUCUAACCAAAGAAGGGAAGGGUCUCAUCAUUCCCAGCCUUCACAUGGUAUGCAAGAUGUUGACAUGGGGAAGCAAAACUCUGCUGAAAUUCCUUUAAAUAAAUUUCAUGAAGUCAAUUCUACUGUUGAGGAUGUGGAGAAAUCUCAUAUGACAGCAGAUGGUGAUUGCGGCACACAAAUUAAACAAAAUAAGCAAGAUGCCACACUGGCAGAUCCUGCUCAAAGUUCUGGACCAAGUUUGGAGGUUACAAAUCACACAGAGUUUUCUUCUGAUGUGUUGCAUGCUUUUGAAUGGAUUGGUGAUGUAAUCCAACUUUUGGAUCAAAAAAAAUUUUACCAUUCCUGUUGUAUUGGUGGUGUGACUUACAGGGUGCAUGAUCAUGCUCUUUUGCAUUUUAGCAAUGAAAAAUUAGCACCAUCUAAGCUUCAGGCCAUGUGGGAGGAUGCUGAAACUGGUAGGAAGUUUGUUAAUGUCCGGAGGUGCUACUUUCCUAGUGACUUGCCAGAGACUGUUGGUCGUCCCUAUACCCCUGAAAGCAGUGAGGUUUACGAGUCUAAUAAUGAUAUCACUGUAAUGGUGGGCUUGAUUCGAGGACCAUGUGAAGUUCUCCCUGCUACCAAAUUUAAGGAAGAAAGUGAAAAACGAAGUCAGUUAGGAACUAAAGCAAAUAAAGAAUCAAGGCCAAUUUUUUUGUGCAGAUGGCUUUAUGAUGAGCCAAAAGGAAGUUUUCAGCCUGUCUCAGGUUAAUAUCAUUCUGCACCCUCUUUAGUUGACAGGGUAUCGCCUUUUUCAGCAACGUGGUUGGCUUGCUCUUCUUCAUCAGGUACCAACAUAUCUAAUGUGUUUGCUCUUCCUGUGUCUUUUAACCAAGUAAACAUUGGAGUUUGGACCACUGAUACUCAUUCAUGACUUGUAACAUAUCCAAACACGGUAGUCUGUAGUCGUGAUUUUGUAUAAUCUCUUUUUCUUAUAGCAAUUAAAUCAAAAUUUGCUGUGCCUUCUCCCUUCUUCAAACCUUAUGUAUUCUGUUGCAUUAUUAAUGUGUCGACUUAUAGUAUGGAUGUUGUUGCUUUCUUUUUCAAGCAUUAUGUGUCGGUUAUGUUGUCUAAUGAGCCAAGACAUUGUUGUAAAGAUUCGUCUCGGGCUCAUGUUUUACUUCGGAGCACUGAUUCAUAUGAGAAUGGCAGAAUGAAUGAACAUUGAAGUAACUUGUCGGGAAUACUUACAGCAGGAAAGAUAAAGGGUGCAUUUGGUAUUCGUGGUUUGAGAGUUUUUUUUUUUAGUUAUAAAGUGUUUUUAAAUAU